AUGCUACGAACGGUGGCUAAAUGUUUACUCAGGCCGAAUGCCAGGCUGGGCGCACCUGUGCUCAAGCCCUGGGCGCUCAGAGCCUACGCAUCCACCGUAGCCCCUAAGAAGCAGCUUCAGCUUCGAGACUAUCAACGAGAAUGCAUCACAUCCGUCUUGGAAUCGCUCAAGCGGGGCCAUAAACGAGUCGGAAUCUCACUAGCAACCGGAAGCGGCAAGACGGUCAUUUUCACACAACUCAUUGACAGGAUGCCGUCAACUGCAGAGGACGCUAACCGUACCCUCAUCCUGGCUCAUCGACGAGAGUUGGUUGAACAAGCCGCAAACCAUUGUCAGCUGGCAUAUCCAAAGAAGAGCAUUGAGAUUGAAAUGGGAAACGUGCAUGCGACGGGGACCGCCGAUAUCACCAUUGCAAGUGUCCGGAGUAUCACGUCCAAGGGCCGGUUGGCCAAGUUUGACCCUUCCCGGUUCAAGCUUGUGCUAGUUGACGAAGCACACCACAUAGUUGCGCCAGGAUACUUGAAAACCCUCCAACAUUUUGGUCUCGACGAGAAGCGAGAAGGCUCCCCGAACUUGAUCGGUGUAUCUGCCACCUUCUCCCGAUUCGAUGGUGUGAAACUCGGCGCAGCCAUUGACGAGAUUGUCUACCACAAGGAUUAUGUCGACAUGAUUGCCGAAAAGUGGCUUUCAGAUGUCAUCUUCACAACUGUUGAAUCGACCGCCAACCUCAAACAAGUUAAAAGCAAUAAUUUUGGCGAUUUCCAGCCUGGAGAGCUCUCCAAAAUUGUCAACACCGAUGAGAUCAACGACAUUACGGUUCGAAGUUGGAUGGCGAAAGCCCAAGGAAGGAAGUCGACACUUGUUUUUUGCGUUGACGUAGCACACGUCAUUGAACUCACCCAGACAUUCCGCAAGCACGGAUUCGAAGCAAGAUACGUGACGGGAGAUACGCCGAGAGUCGAGAGAAGCCAAACUCUCGACGCUUUCAAGAGGGGAGAAUUCCCGGUUCUUGUUAACUGCGGUGUAUUUACCGAGGGCACCGACAUUCCCAACAUCGACUGCAUCGUCCUCGGAAGGCCGACGAGGUCGCGAAACCUACUUGUACAGAUGAUUGGAAGAGGCAUGAGACUUCACCCAGGGAAAAAGGACUGCCACGUAAUCGAUUUAGUGUCAAGUUUAGAUACCGGGAUUGUUACUACGCCAACUCUUUUCGGCCUGGACCCCAACGUGUUGGUGGAAAGUGCGUCGGUCAAAGAGAUGCGGAAGAUCAAGGCGGCCGAGGAUCGGGGGGAGGACAUUGCACAGAGUGCUCUGUCGUUCCACACAACCUCCGGUCCAGGCUCUCCUGACACAGUCACAUUCACAGACUACUCGUCUGUCCUCGACCUAAUCGCUGACACUUCAGGGGAGAAGCAUAUUCGAUCCAUUAGUAAGUACUCUUGGGUGCAAGUCGGGCAAGAAAAAUUUAUCCUCUCCGCUCCGAGCGGUUCGUACAUCAGGAUUGAAAAGAUCAGCGAGGAACUUGGAACCUCGUCCCCGAUAUACCGAGCGGUGGAGGUGCGAGCGCUCCCAGCUGGCUUGGCCAAGUCACCAUACGCAGUCCCCCGAGAGAUUCUCACUGCAGCCACCUUCCCUGAUGCGGUGCAUGGAGCGGACAGCUACGCAGCCAACGCAUUCCCUCAUACAUUUAUUCAUCGGUACCAAAGAUGGCGAUCACUGCCGCCUACCCAAGGCCAGGUGGACUUUAUCAACAAGCUGCGCGGAAAGGCAAACCCCCUGACCAUCAAGGGCCUGGACAAGGGCAGAGCCACCGACAUGAUCACAAAGCUGAAACACGGUGCUCGCGGUCACUUUGCUAAAAUCGAGGCGGAGCAAAAGCGACGGGAGAGACAAAGCGCAGUUGUAGAGUCAAGGCAACUCCGGGAGCGCGUCAAGGUGGGACCCUUGGUGGGAUGA